CUUGUAGAGAGAUGUGGAUUACGAAUACUUGACCUUGAAGGUCAAGGCGCCAUUAUUAGGUUCACAGAAUGACUAGGGGUUCUCCUCAUCGAUCGCACAAAAAACAUCGUCACAAGAAUCGUGAUAGGUCUCGUUCUCCCUUGGACCAGAUUACUGAUAGGAUUGCUACCAGGAGAGAUGAUCAAUCACCUAGUGAUACUGGAGGCACUGGUGUUGAUAUUUCUCUCUCAGUUGCGGAAACAAAUGCCUUGCGGGCUAAAUUGGGUCUUGCUCCUCUGGAUGCUGAUGAUACUUCAAAACCAGAACGAGCAGUAGAUAAUCAAGCCGAUUGCUACGUCCAUGCACCAGCUAAAGAUAUCAGAAAAAUAAGGGAAUCAGAAGCAAUCAAAGAAAAGCUAAAUGUCUUGAAAGAGAAAAGGUCAUUGUUAGAUAAAAUUGGGCAGGAAAAACUAUCCACGCCUUCUGCAUGUGAAUCGGAUGUUCAAUCAUGGGUUGAGAAAAUGCGUGAGAAAGAACGAAUUCAGAAACAAGCCGAAGAAAGAGCAAAGCUUUUGUCUGAGAUUGACGAUCAGUUGGCUGUUUCUGAGUUUGUAGAGUCACGGUUGAUUCAAAAUGGUAAAAAGUACAAACCCAAUGAUUUGGCCGGUCUUCGCGUUGAACACAGCUCAUCCCGUUUUGUUGACGGUCAAUCAGUUAUCUUGACUAUUAAAGACUCAGGUGUUUUGGAUGAAUCUGAAGACGUUUUAGUGAAUGUAAAUAUAAUUGAUGAUGAAAAAGCUGACGUCAAUAGAGAAAACAUAAGAAAGACUACCGGUCUGGCAGGAAUUGAAGACGAAGUGGAUGAGGAUGUACUUCUUGGUUUACGCUCUAAAGCUGUUCUAAGCAAGUAUGAUUCAGAGAUUAAUGGCAUUAAAAAAGACCACUUUGUUAUUAAUUCUGAUGGCUCUUAUAAUACAGAGAAUGAGCGUUUAUUGAAACAACUACAAGCUGAACUGAAAGAAGGACGACAAUCGUUGCCUGAUACUGAGCUUCGUAUAGCUUCUGAGUACUACAGUACGGAAGAAAUGGCUGCAAAAUUUAAAAAGCGUAAACGUCGUAUCAAAACUAUUCGUCAAGCACUGACUGCUGAUGAACUUUUGAGUGAAUUGCCAGAACAAUCAGGGUCUUCUGAUUUAGGAAGCCGUUCAACAGUUAGAGAAAAACGCUUAAAUAGUAACAUCCCAUCUGCAAAUGACACGUUUCCGGCUGAAGAAUUUUCUGCACAAAUAAUAGAUGUCAAAGAUAGUUACGAAGAAUAUUGGUCUGCAGCAGAUCAUAUCGAUGAACCAGAUGAGUUGAGAAGUGAAUUAGAGAAAACUAUAGGGCGAGUCGUGCAAUCGAAGUCACGGGUUGUUUCUAAACCGGAAGAAAUUACAUCACAACUCUUAGCAAAAAAUAUAGCUACUCAUUCAUCCGAAUCCGUGUCACAGUCACUUGCGUCUGAUACAUUGACAAAUAAUAGCAAAAAAGACAAUAUUGUGUUCGACUCUACUGCAGAAUUUUAUAAGUCAAUUGGUAUUGGUUUUCAAGAAAGUAUGAAAAGAAAUACUCGUUACAAUCAGUUCUUACAAAAUCAGUCUAGAUUACAGAAUAAUGGCGGAGCAGUUGGUACUAAUGAUGAUGAUAUUACGAGUUCAUCACCUACAAGAUUGCCGUAUAAAGAGGAAGAAGAAGAAGAAGAACGAAAACUUGAUUAUGAUUCAGAAGGUAGUUAUCGCAUGAAAAGUGAAGACUAUGAUACAAAUUAUGACGAUACAAAGUUGGAAGCAUCAAACGAUCGAUGGCAGACUGUCGGUAAUGAUAUUCUUGGGAAUUCAACUCGAACAGUACCGAGACCAACAGUCAAAAAAUCUGGGCAGGAACAUUUUAAAGCAGAAAAUACUGAUAUACAUGGAGUUUUAGAUGAUGAACCACGUCUGGAUUCAGGAGUAUUUUCAGCCAUUCGGUUGGCUGAGAAAAAAGGUUAUAUUGAUAAAGAAAAAGAGAAACGAACUGGUUCAGGAACUAUGGUCAAUCUAAUGGCUAAACACUUUGUCCAAGAAGAUAUACGCUAUGAUGAUAUUGAUGCGAAAUUUUACAAACGUGAUCGUUACUCUGGUCCAUUAUCAGAUUUUAAAGAGUUAACGCAAUAUAAACCGGAUAUUAAAUUAGAAUACGUUGAUGAACUAGGACGCGAUUUAAGUGCUAAAGAAGCUUUUCGUCAAUUAAGUCAUAAAUUUCAUGGAAAGGGUUCCGGUAAGAAUAAAACACAAAAACGUAUGAAAAAAAUCAAUGAAGAGUUUCUUCUUAAAGCCAGCACCAGUUCAGAUACUCCACUGGGAACAGUUAACAAACUGAAUAAAAAACUAGAAGCAAUGUCAAUGCCUUAUGUAAUUUUGAGUGGAAAAAAUGCAGCUGUAAAGAAGCUGACGAAAUAGUUAACAGCAAUAGUAAACAACAAUUUGGAUGUCAUAUUCCAUAGUUGAUAUCACUUUUGUUACCUGGCAUCGAUACACUUGUUCAUUUUUAAUGCGAAUCCCCCACUAACCAUUAUUUUCCCACUUUUUUUCUGGAUUGUUAUUUCUUGUGUACAUACAUAAUCAAUUUUUAAAUAAAAACUCUGACCUUAUUUGUUUUAUUAAUCUGCCUUUAAUAUUGUUGCAAUAUUGGUAAAUUGUCUUGAUUGUUCACGUGUAACAUUAAUGAAAUACAUAUGUCGAGAUGAA